AUGAAAGCUUCUCAGCAGAGGCAUGGGUUCAACAAGGGGCCUUCAAAAGCUCCACCCAACUACAGUGGUCACAGCUGGAACAAGUCUGGUAUUCGCUGGGUAUCACUUUCAGGCAAGGAGCGCUCAUAUAGUGGACAUUCAUAUAAACACCUGCCUGUCAGCGAGAGGUUAUCCAGCCCAGAGCAAGAGGCAGAAGCAAUUGAGGAUCCAGGUGAAGAAGAACCCAUUUCCAAGUUCUCUUUGAGCCAUUCUGAUUCAGAUGAUGCAUUAAGGAGGCACAAGCACCCGAGAGCAAGUUUACAUGAAAACCACAGAGCACAGAAACAUGGAGAUUCUUCUCUAGGACCAGGCCGCACCAGGCAUCAUCCACCUGUCCCAGCAUGCAGUUCAAUGGCAGGAAAAGAAGACCAAGAUGGAGACGCAGAGAAAGGCCAGGUCAAUAAACCAGCAAAAGUUCCAUUAAAGCUACACAUUAAAGUAUGCGGUCAGAAGGGAAGCAUUGGUGUCAGUAUUGCUGGAGGAAAGGGAUCUUCGCCUUACAAAGAGAACAAUGAGGGGAUUUUUAUUUCACGGGUUUCAAAAGCAGGACCUGCUGAAAAAGCAGGAAUUCACAUAGGAGACCGAAUACUAGAGGUCAAUGGACUGAAUCUGCAAAGCGUCACUCAUCAUGAAGCCGUGAGUGUGCUGAAAAACGCCGGGAAUUGUAUCAAGAUAGUCAUUUUGAGAGACAGGUUGACCAGCACAGAGAACUCCAAAACUGCAGAUCCUGUUGCUGUGGAAACCGAAGGUUUUAAAGAACACAGUGAUAAUAACAACUGCAAAAAACAUCAAACUUCAUUCAGUGACGAAACCAGGUUGGGAAAAAUACAGACUGAAACCAAGAAGUCUGCGGAUUGUAAUGGAAAUGGAAUGAGAUCUUCAGCAUCUGAAGAGGACCUAACAAAAUCUGGAUGUGAUACUGAUGCUCCCCCCAAAAAUAUCUCAUUCCGAAUUGUGAAACAUACCAUGACAAUACCUCGUAUUAUCCUCACACACCCUUCCACUUCGGACGAGGAUGUUGAACAGUUAACACAGGAUCCAGAAGAAGAGCCUGAGGAGCAAGACAGUGCCGACUGCCAGAGCUGUCCAGAUUGCUCAAACAGUGCUUUUUAUCCCCCCUGACUG